AUGGAAAAAGUUAUAAUGCAGUGUCAAAUGUUCGUUGUACUCCUGUGUACAGAAAAAUACCUGGAGGCAGCGACAGGGCAGUUCUGCAGCAGUGACGUCUUCAACCUUGUACAUAGGGCUUACUUCAACAGUUCAGAUAAGAGGGUACCCUUGAAAGUGGAACAAGCAAACAAUGCUCGUGAUGCCUUGGCUAAAACGGUGUAUAGUCAUCUGUUUGACCACGUAGUGAACAGGGUAAACCAGUGUUUUCCAUUUGAGACUUCUUCUUUCUUCAUUGGAGUUCUAGACAUAGCUGGUUUUGAAUACUUUGAACACAACAGUUUUGAACAAUUCUGUAUUAAUUACUGUAAUGAAAAACUGCAGCAGUUUUUUAAUGAAAGGAUUCUGAAAGAGGAACAAGAACUUUACCAAAAAGAAGGCCUGGGGGUUAAUGAAGUGCGCUAUGUAGAUAAUCAGGACUGUAUAGAUUUGAUUGAAGCAAAAUUAAUAGGUGUACUGGAUAUUUUGGAUGAAGAAAAUCGUCUUCCCCAACCAAGUGAUCAGCAUUUUACUUCAGUUGUGCACCAAAAACACAAGGACCAUUUCAGACUCUCUAUUCCUAGAAAGUCGAAAUUGGCUGUUCACAGAAAUAUCAGAGAUGAUGAAGGCUUUAUUAUCCGACAUUUUGCAGGAGCAGUAUGCUAUGAGACGAUGCAAUUUGUGGAAAAAAACAAUGAUGCUUUGCACAUGUCCCUUGAAUCUCUUAUAUGUGAAUCCAAGGAUAAGUUUGUUCGACAGCUGUUUGAAUCUAACACUAACAACAACAAGGAUCCCAAACAAAAAGCUGGGAAACUUAGUUUCAUCAGUGUGGGAAACAAAUUCAAGACUCAGUUAAAUUUGCUUCUUGAGAAGCUUCACAGUACUGGGUCUAGCUUUAUUCGCUGUAUCAAACCUAAUUUAAAGAUGACAAAUCACCAUUUUGAAGGAGGACAGAUCCUCUCUCAGCUUCAGUGUUCAGGAAUGGUGUCUGUUCUGGAUUUGAUGCAAGGUGGUUUCCCUUCGCGAGCUUCAUUUCAUGAACUAUAUAAUAUGUACAAGAAAUACUUGCCAGAAAAAUUGGCUCGACUGGAUCCUAGGCUUUUUUGCAAGGCACUAUUUAAAGCCUUGGGACUGAAUGAAAAUGAUUUCAAAUUUGGGUUAACCAAGGUGUUUUUUAGACCCGGCAAGUUUGCAGAGUUUGAUCAGAUAAUGAAGUCUGAUCCAGAUCACUUAGCAGAGCUAGUUAAACGAGUGAAUCGCUGGCUUAUCUGCAGUCGUUGGAAAAAAGUUCAAUGGUGUUCUCUCUCAGUGAUUAAAUUGAAAAAUAAGAUAAAAUAUCGAGCCAGUGCCUGCAUUAAAAUACAAAAGACUAUUCGGAUGUGGCUUUGCAAGAGAAAGCACAAACCACGCAUUGAUGGCCUGAUAAAAGUGCGUACGCUGAAGAAGAGACUUGAUAAAUUUAAUGAAGUAGUAAGUGCUCUGAAAGAGGGGAAGGCAGAGACAAGCAAGCAGGUCAAGGAGCUGGAGUAUUCUAUUGAUGCUUCAAUAACCAAAAUUAAGACCACUAUAAUGACCAGGGAACAGAUACAGAAAGAAUAUGAUGCUCUAGUUAGAAGCUCAGAGCAGCUUCUGAGUGCAUUGCAAAAGAAGAAACAGCAAGAGGAGGAAGCAGAGAGGCUACGACGCAUCCAGGAGGAAAUGGAAAAAGAAAGAAAGAGACGUGAAGAGGAAGAAAAACAACGAAGGAAGGAAGAAGAGGAAAGACGUCUGAAAUCCGAGAUUGAGGCAAAGAGAAAACAGGAAGAGGAAGAGAGGAAAAAGAGGGAAGAGGAAGAAAAGCGUAUUCAGGUAAUGUUUUAG